AGGAAGAUGAACAGGAAACCAGGAGACUGGAACUGCAGGUCAUGCAACCACUUGAACUUCAGCAGGAGAGACUCAUGUCAGCGGUGUGGUGACCCGAGGUCAGCCAAUGACCGUGGUGACUAUUCAAGCUUCGGCGGCCGUGGUGGUGGCUCAUCUUUCGGCUUCACCGGCUCCGACGUUAGACCCGGUGACUGGUACUGUUCAUGUGGUGCCCAUAACUUCGCUAGCCGCUCAAGCUGCUUCAAAUGUGGCGCUUUCAAGGAGGAUUCAGCCGUCACCGGCGCCGGCGCCGGCUCCGGCUUUGACUCCGACAUGCCUCGCAGAGGCUAUGGUUUUGGCGGCGGCGGCGGUGGUGGUGCCCGCUCCGGCUGGAAAUCCGGUGACUGGAUUUGCACAAGGUCUGGAUGCAAUGAACACAACUUUGCUAGCAGGAUGGAGUGUUUUAGGUGCAAUGCUCCAAGAGAAUCUGGAACUGAAGUUUGAGGAGAAGAAGAAGAAGUUGAGAUUGAUAAGAGUAUAUUAGGAGCACUAAUAAUGUGUUUUUUAAGUUAGUUUUUGCAUGAAGAGCUCUCAACUUGGCUCCUCUUUUUGAAUUCAUGAGAGCUCUUUAAAUGGAAUCAAGAGUGUCCUUAACUUGUUAGCAUUUUGUUUGUUUUGUUUUGUUUUUCUUCUUUUCUAAUGUUUGUACGUCUGUGUCUUAUUAGCUUUGUGUUGUGGCUUCUUCUUCAUUAAUGUCCUUUUGUUGCUUUGGAUUAAUGUGUCUUAAUUUGUGUGUGUGUGUGUGUGUGUGUUUUGAAGUGUUUUAAUUUGGAGAUGAAGUUGUACGGCAACUCUUCUCUCUUUGUUUUAAUCAAUGGAGAUUGCUCUUAA